UAUGGGGAGGAAGGGGCCUGGGGCGUGAAUUCUUGGGUCCCUGGUGAGGAAGGCGCCGAGGGACUGACUCCUGGGUUCCUUGGGGAGGAGGGGGCCGGGGGCCCGGAUUCCUGGGUCCUGGCACCCACCCGUAGAACCGACCUUGCGGGGCCUUCGCCGCACACAAGCUCGUGUCUGUGGGUCCGUGUCGGGGGCUCACCAUCGCGGCUGGGGCCUCCCCGGCCCUCCCCGCCCUCCCUGGCCCCCGUCUGUCCGUCCAGUCCAUCCGUCUGUCUGUCCACCUGCCGCGCCCCCCGGGCUGAGGUAGGAGGUUGUAUAGUUGAGGAGGACACCCACGGAGAUCACUAUACGGCCUCCUAGCUUUCCCCAGGCUGCGCCCUGCACGGGACGGCCCGGCGGGGACCCCUGACCCCGGUCCCCUGCCCCACUCCGCCAGGCUGGGGAGAGGGGCUGCCGCAGGGAUCCUGGGAGGAGAGGCUGGGCUGCUCCUCGUGUCCUCGUCCCUCCAUCCCUUCCUCCCCCUUCCCUCGAAGAGUUCCUCUCCCAUCUGGAUAUCUCUGCUUUGCUUUCUCUCUGUCUCUCCAUCCCCGCUGGGUCUCUGCACAGUGACCUCUGAGACCCUGUCUCCAUCUGUCUCUUAUGGUGCUUUCUGGGUCUCUGACGCUCCCGAUGUCUCUCCGUGGCUCGGUUUCUGUCUUUCGGGCCCUCACGGUGUCUCUGUGCCACGUCCGUUUCUGCUGCACCCCACUACCACACCCCAGGGCCUGGCGGGCCCCCGCACACCGUACUGCCGGCCUCUGGGUCCCUGAGACCCUUUAACCUGUGAGGACGUCCAGGGUCACAGGUGAGGUUCUUGGGAGCCUGGCAUCCGGCCCAGCCAUCAGCCUGGGGUCCGACCCCUGACCCCUGACCACUGACCCCACACACUCUUCCUCCCUGAAAACCCUGGAGCCUGACAUUGGACUGGAGACUGAAACCCGACCUCUGACCCCGUAUCUUGAGCCCCUCCCCCACACCACAGUGACCUCACAAAAGUCUCCAGCUUCUCCACAGGCUGAGACCCUCCGCUAUGGCCCUUCUGGCCCCAGGGAGCGUUGUGCCGUCCGCCCUGGUGGCCCUCACGGUUUUCAGGGCCUCCGCCUGGGCCUGUCUCCUCUGCUUCACGUCUUACAACGAGCGCCUCCAAAUCUGCCAGAUCUUCACCGGCCUGGAGAGCCCCGACCUCGGGAAGUGUGAGGAGGCCUUCACAGAUGCCUUUAAGGGCCUCCUGGACACUGAAAUCAACUACGAUGAAAGGAGCCACCUGCACGAUGCCUUCACCCAGAUGACCCACUCCCUGCAGGAGGUGGCCGCCGCCCAGGGGUCCUUUCGGGUUGCCUUUCCUCAUGCCGCGGAGAAAAUACAGAAGAUUAUAUUACAGCUUAAAGAAGUCCGGGCCUGCAUCCCUCCCUGCGGACUCCAGGAGGUCGCCCGGCGUUUCCGCUGCCGAGGGUGCUACUCCACGGUCUGCGACCUCCCGCUAGACUGCCCAGUUCAGGACUUGACGGUGACUCGGGGUCAUCAGGCUAUGUUCUUUUGCACUGUGAACUUCCAGCUGCCUAAGGAAGAGAUCACCUAUUCCUGGAAGUUCGCAGGAGGAGCUCCGGACUCAGGACCUGUCCUACUUCCGAGAGAUUCCGCGGGCCCGAGGAUACCUGGCACGGAUCCGGCCGGUGCAGCCCACGCACCGCGGGACCUUCUCUUGCGUGAUCACACACGACCAGCGCCCCCUGGCGCGGCUCUACUUCUUUCUGAACGGUGCGGGCGGGGCGGAGCUGCGCGGCAGGGGCGGGGCUACGUGAGGGGUGGGGCUCGCGCCCGGCUGACGUGCACGUCCCCGCAGUGACAGGUCCGCCACCGCGCGGGGAGACUGAGCUCCAGGUCGCUUUUCGGGAAGUGUUGCGCUGGGCGCCACGGGAGGGGGAGAUGAUCGAACCCUGGACGCCCAGCCUGGGCGAGCUGCUGGCCAGGCCCGAGGCUCUGACGCCGGGCAAUCAGUGCCUGCUCGCGGUCGCUGUGGCCUUAGCCUCAGCCAGUGCGACCGUGCUGGCGUGGUGAGUCCCUGGGACCCCAGAAUCCCAGCAUCUGGCUCUCCUUUCCCAGACCCAAGAGUCUGGGUUCCCAGCCCCUCCUCCCUCAGAUCCAGAAGUCCGAGUCUCCAGACCCUUUUAGUCAGGAGUCCAGGCCCCCACCCCCUCCUUCCUCAGACCAGGAGUCAUAACUCCCAACCCCUAUUUUCUCAGAUCUAAGAGUCCAAGCCCUAUCACCCACCUUUGGGACCUAGGCUCCAGGACCCAGAUUUCUGGUCCCCAGCCUCUCCCACACACACACGAACAUCUCCUUUUUUCCCCAGGAUAUUCUUUCGAUGGUACUGCAGCGGCGACUAACAAAGGUAUCUUUUUUAUCCUAUUUCCAUCCCUAAAAUAAAGAAUCUAUUUCAGCUCUCUAGAUUCUUUCAUCUUCGAAGGUGGUCACUACUAACUUAGGAGGAAGAGCGGCACACCCCAAAGAUGCCCAGGUGCCCGUGCCCCCCUAACGACGGUAAGAGGCGCAGCUGUCGCAGUGCAGGGUCCUGUACUGAGGCUAUAGGUGCAAGCCCAGGCCCCUCCCCGGAUUUCUGGCAGCAUCCUGGACAUUUCCGCCUGCAGCAGUCACCCUUAAAGAGUCCUUGAUAUCGCCCUGAAAGCCUGUUCCUCCCCCAAGACUUUCUUGCUGUCGUAAAGGGCACCAUCAUCCACGCAGCUCCUCAACCAGAAACCGAAGUUGCGUUUAAUUCCUCCUCCACUUCCAAUCUAGGUCCAAAUCUCAGCCUUUUCAAUUCCUAAAUAUCUCACGGAGCUGCGCUCUCUCCGUGGUCCGCCACCAUCUCUUGCGUGGAUCACUGCGGCAGCCCGUCGCCACUGGCCUCCCUGGCUCUGCUCAGCCUUGUGUCAACGCAGUCCAUUCUCCACAAAGCAGCCAGAGUGGUUUUUUUUUUUUUUUUUUUUUUUGCUACUUUGGCUAAGGUUUUAUUUUUUUAAUUUUUAUUGGAGUGUAGUUGAUUUACAAUACUGUAUUCCUGCUGUACAGCAAAGUGAAUCAGUUAUACAUAUACAUAUAUCUACUCCUUUUUAGAUUCUUUUCCCAUACAGGUCAUUACAGAGCAUUAAGUAGAGUUCCCUGUGCUAUACAGUAGGUCCUUAUUAGUUAUCUAUUUUAUAUAUAGUAGUGUGUAUAUGUCAAUCCCAACCUCUAGAGUGAUAUUUUGAAGUUUGUCAGAUCAGGUCACUCCUCUGCUCAGAACCCUUGAGCGGCUCCCCGUUGCCAUUGGAACAAAAUCCAGUUCCUUGUCAAGGCCUCCAAAGGCCCCCAAGGUUCUGGUUAACUUUGUCCCACCCCACUCUUCCCCCUUGAUCUUUCUAUCUUGCAGUUCCUCUGGCCUUUGCUCAUUCGUUGUAUUCAUCAUGAUUCUUCUCAUUCUCUCUAGGACCUGGGUACAUACUAUUUUCUGCCUAGAAUAAUGUUCCCUUUUUUGUCUAGUUAACUCAGUUACGAUUUCCCCUGAAUGGCCUUUACAUGCAUUAACCCAUUUAAUCUCCAGGACAAGGCUGUGUGGGCAGGCACUGUGUUUAUGUGCCUGACUCCACCUUCUUCUCCUCCCCCUCUUUACUCUCUAGCCCCACUGGCCUUCUUUUUUUUGCCCCUUGAACAUGCAGAGUUCAGUCCUGUCCCUGGGCCUUUGCACAUGCUGUUCUUCCUACUUGAAAUGACUUUACUCUGAACCUCACAAAGCCACCUCCCUCUCAUUGCACAGGUCCCAGCUCAAAUGUCACCUCUGACUACUCCCCUCCUCCCACAUGACAUCCUCCUAUUUUAUUUUAUUUUUUAAAUUUAUUUUUUAUUUUUAAUUUUAUUUAUUUAUUUAUUUAUGGCUGUGUUGGGUCUUCGUUUCUGUGUGAGGGCUUUCUCCAGUUGCGGCAAACGGGGGCCACUCUUCAUCGCGGUGUGCGGGCCUCUCACCAUCGCGGCCUCUCUUGUUGCGGAGCACAGGCUCCAGACGCGCAGGCUCAGUAAUUGUGGCUCACGGGCCCAGCUGCUCCGCGGCAUGUGGGAUCUUCCGGGACCAGGGCUCGAACCCGUGUCCCCUGCAUUGGCAGGCGGACUCUCAACCACUGCGCCACCAGGGAAGCCCCUUAUUUUAUUUUUUAAUUUUUUUUGGUUGUGCCACGAGGCUUGGGGGAUGUUGGUUUCUGACCAGGGAUCGAACCCGGGUCCUCAACAAUGAAAGCACUGAGUCCUAACCACUGGACCACCAGGGAGUUCCCAACGUCCCCCUAUUUUAGCUUGUGCAUUAUAUGUGUUCAGACCUAAUGUAACCUUAUUUUUUAAUUUGGUUUUGUGUCUUCCCCACUUAAAAGGUAAGAUCCUUCAUGUUCUUAUUUACCGAUGUGUUCCCCUUCACUGAUUCAUUCAAUCAGCAAAUAUUUACUGAGCGUUUACUAUGUGCCAGGCAUUUUCAAGGCACUGUAGACACAGCAAUGAAGAAAUCAGAACAGACAAAAAUCUGCACCCUCAAGAUAGGCGGAGGGGAUUAAGAGAUACAAACUAUUAUGUAUAAAAUAAAUACGCUACAAGAAUAUAAUGUACGGCACAGGGAAUAUAGCCAAUAUUUUAUAAUAACUUUAAAUGGGAGUAUAAUCUAUAAAUUAUUGAAUCACUCUGUCGUAUGCCUAAAACUUGUAUAAUAUUGUACAUUAUCUGUACUUUAAUUAAAAAAAAAAUUCUGCACCCUCAUGGAGUUUAGAUUCUCAUCGAUGG